GUUUAUAUCUACUUUACAAAACACAACGGGUUUAAAGGUAAGAGAGAAUGGCCAACACUAGUGAGCUCGCCUGCACUUACGCAGCUCUAAUCCUCCACGACGAUGGAAUUGAAAUCACCGCUGAAAAGAUAGCAAAACUAGUGAAAGCAGCCAACGUGGACGUUGAAUCAUACUGGCCUAGCCUCUUUGCUAAGCUUUGUCAGAAGAAGAACAUUGACGAUCUCAUCAUGAAUGUUGGAGCUAGUGGUGAUGCGGCUGCUACGGUUUCAACCAACGUCCCUGCAGCUACUAAAGCUGUCCCAGCAGCUGAGGAAACAAAGAAGAAGAAGGAGGAGGUGAAGGAAGAGAGUGAAGAUGACAUGGUCUUCGGAUUGUUUGACUAGAAGCCCUCCUUCUAAUCUUUUUUUCGGUUGAAAUAUUUUUAUUCUUUUUGGGGUAAAAGAAAUAUUUGUCUUGUCUGCUUAUAAGUUAUGAGAAGCUUUUUUUUGUUGUUGUCGUUGUUCAGUCCUCAAACUUUAUACACAAUAUAAUACUUAUUUUUAAUCAGUUUUA